UGAUUUAACUGAACUUACAGAAGCAUACUAUUUCAAUAUGGAGCAAAAUGAAGAUACUAUGGAUAAAAUGAUACAAGAAAUCAGUGAAGUAACGAAGGGAACAAGUGACAAACAUGAUGAACAUUUAGAUGAAAUGUCUAAACCCAUCGUAUAUAAAAAUAUACUUGUUUUAAGUGUAGCAAGUAUGUUACAGUUCAGUGCUUUUAAUUCAUUUGCUAAUUUACAAAGUUCAUUAAAUAAAGCGGAAGGACUUGGUACAACAGGCCUUGCAUUGUUGUAUGCUGUGAUGAUGCUUACGAGUUUGUUUAUAACACCAAUUACAGUUGAAAGAAUUUCUACAAAGUGGGUCAUGAUAUGGUCAAUGUGUACAUACAUAAUUUACAUGGCAACUGGAUUUUAUCCAUCCUGGUACACGGUCACUCCAGCGUCAGUAAUUAUUGGCAUUGGAGCCGCCCAUUUUUGGCUUGCAAUGCCAGCGUAUGUGAUCGACAUCGCAAAAAGAUACGCUUACAUUACUGACACGGCGGAACAAGAUAGAGUAACAUUAUUUUUCGGGAUUGUUUAUGCGUUUAUCUAUUCUAGUAAUAUAUGGGGAAACUUAUUUUCGUCGAUUGUGUUCCGACACAAAGAUACAAAUAACACCUCAGAGGACUUCGAAAGCUUUUGUGGACCAAAUUACUGUCCUUAUAGAGAACUCAACAUGUCAAUGAUUGUACCACCCUCACAAAAACAGGUUUACAUAUUUACUGGGUUCUGUUCAGGAAUAACAGCCUUUGCGAUGGUUUUGUUGAUCUCCUUUUUAACAAACGUAGGCUCUAGGAUCAAUACAUCUUCUGCCAUAUGUAAACAGAUCCGGAGAGUGGCAGUUCAUUUGAUGACAUCCAGGAAUCAACAGUUUCUAAUUGUAUCUUCAAUAUUUGGUGGCCUGGCAAGCGGUUUUGUUGUAGGAGACUUUACCAGUGCAUAUACCAGUUGCCCUUACGGAAUACAUAAUGUGGGACUUGUAAUGAUAACUUUUGGUGUCAGCCAGUCUUUGUGUAGCGCUGUCUUUGGAAAGCUUAAUCAAUACACAGGACAUAUUGCAGUUUAUACUUUCGGAUCAAUCAUACAGCUGUCUUGUUACAUAACCUUACUGCUAUGGAAGCCACUUCCAACUCAGUAUGUAGUAGUGUUUGUACUAGCUGCCAUGUCUGGCUUGGCUGGAGCAGCAAAUGAACCGGUUAUUUCAGCCCUGCACAAUCUUUAUUUUGAUAACACAAGGGAUAUAGCAUUAUCAAGUUACAGACUUCUAAGCUCGUUAGGAUGGGCGAUAUCGUUUGGAUACAGCAGCUGGUUAUGUUCGCAAUUCAAACUUUAUAUACUCAUCGGUGUAUUAGUGCUCUCUCUUUUAACUUUGAUAGCACUAGAUAUAAAACAUAAAAGAGACCUUAGACAAAAAGCAAAGGAAAAGGACAAAGUUGGAGAAAGUUUGAUUGCUCUGCCGACAUAGGUCUGAAAAACACUGUAAUCACAACAGUACCGUUGUGGUACCCAAAGCUUAAAGUCAGUGAUGUUAAAUAUGAGCUAUUGCGACCGAUGUGUGGUAGAGCUAAUCACAGAUAAGAAUAUAUAACGGAAUUAUAUCCAAGAAAUGUUUUUGACCUCUUCUUUGUUACAUCUGGUAUCAUUAUGCCGUUUACAUGUUACAGACGCUACACCAACAGAGUGCCAAAUGAGGGAAUAUAUAUAUGUUAUAUUUAUCUUUCUAAUUAGCUUAUUGUAAGGAUAUUUGUUAUAUAUAAAUAUUUGAAACAUUCAUAUGGUAUCUACCUCGAGUAUCGUUUGAAGGUUUUAAACUUUAUUUUCUAGUGACAAUUUUCUUAUUUUCUGUUUGAGUAUGGGUUUACCCCCGUUUAAAUGUUUUUUUUUUAUGUUUAUUUUGUAAGGAAACAAAAUGGUAGCGAAUCAAUGGUGGUUUAUAAGAAUAUUUCCGGCAAUGAAAAAUUUAUAAAUAGGUUUUUAUUGACAGCUUUCGUAACUUUUAUUUCUUUGUUUGCUUAUGACAAUAUGCUUCUAAGUAGUUAACAACAUAUAUAUUGUCUCAAAGUAUAA